GACCACUCCUUGAAGCUCCCGACUCUGGAAUAGGGAUCGCAUUGUAGCGCGAACACAAACUUUCCUAACCGACAAAACCGCAGAUCGGCCCGCCACACUACGGGAACGUUCCCUGUUUCCGGGGCGCAAAAGUCUGGAAAAAUUGGGGAAAACCCCAUUGGCCGCAGCUGGCCGGGUGCGUUCGAUUCGAAACCGUGAUCGGGUAGUGUCCACUUGGUAUUCCAGAUUUUUCGCUCGCGAGAUGAACAGGCGGUGUGCAACCUCCAAGUGGAAGGGAACGAGAGGACUGCCCGACUUUAGGGCCCCGCUUUCCAGGAAAGGAUAAACACCGUCGACACGACGAUCGCUGUGCUGGCCGAGCCCCAUCAGCGAGAUGGGGCCCAAUGGGGCCAAGCCCUGGAUGUACAGGGCUGGCCCAGGCCCAUGGCCCGGCUACAACCUGAUACUGCUACCAAUUGUGAUAUUAAUGGGACUGUUCGGCACAACCACCAUUACGAAAGCCGAUCGGUUACACCAUGCGAGACAUCCGGUAUAAGUGGAACGAAGGUCCCAACUCGGUCGGCGUAUCGAACGAGGUCUCGUUGCCCCAAUUCAAGGUUCUCGGACAUCGGCAAAGAGCCAUGGAGAUCUCCCUCACCACAGGAAACUACUCGCGUUUGGCCUGCGAGAUCCAGUUCGUGCGCUCCAUGGGUUACUACCUGAUCCAGAUCUACAUCCCCUCUGGACUGAUCGUCAUCAUUUCCUGGGUGAGUUUCUGGCUGAACCGCAAUGCCACGCCUGCCAGAGUGGCGCUGGGCGUCACCACUGUCUUGACCAUGACCACACUGAUGUCGUCUACGAAUGCCGCCUUGCCCAAGAUCUCCUACGUCAAAUCGAUUGACGUCUAUCUGGGCACAUGUUUCGUCAUGGUCUUCGCCAGUCUUCUAGAAUACGCCACCGUCGGCUACAUGGCGAAACGGAUACAGAUGCGGAAAAACCGCUUCCUGGCCAUCCAGAAGAUCGCCGAGCAGAAGAAACUGAACGUGGAUGGCGGGCCGGACGACCACCUUCCCAAGCAAACUGCCGUGCGCUUCAAGGUCCACGACCCGAAGGCUCACAGCAAAGGGGGCACGUUGGAGAGCACGGUGAAUGGGGGGCGCGGCGGACGCGAAGGAGGCGCCGAUGAUGAGGUGGCAGGCGGGCCCCCCAUUCCCCAACACAUCAUGCACCCCAACAAGGACAUCAACAAGCUCUACGGCAUCACACCAUCGGAUAUCGAUAAGUAUUCGAGGAUCGUGUUUCCGGUCUGUUUCGUUUGCUUCAAUCUGAUGUACUGGAUCAUUUACUUGCACAUUUCGGACGUGGUGGCCGACGACUUGGUACUGUUGGAGGUCGACAAGUAAAAGUGUCCAUCGCAAACAAGCACUGAACAAUUAUCACGUUGCCGGCGAGUGAAACGUUGUGAGAAACUAUGGCGAACGUUGCCCGAAAAACGCCCGUUUCCAGACCGAGUCAACGGGUUCUUAGCCGGCUUAGAUGAGUUCUUCGGUUUUACCAUAGGAAAACGACGACGAAUGUGCUCCGAUUCGUUCAACUUGGUUGUUAUGUGAAUAAGUUUAUGUUUAUUGUUGUUAUGAGGGAGUGAGUGAAUAGGGCCGAGAAAUUUCAUGAGGCUGACCUAUCAGGGAUUUUUCAAGAUCACACGUUUCGAGGAAUGGCUCACUUCAAGACCAUCAUUUGAAGCAGGCUUGGUCGUAAGCAAGGCACUCUGGAAUGGUUCAUUUACGGACUUCCGUUGUCUUACACAGAUUUUUUUAUUGCAACGUUUGGAUUGGAAUCUCCAUCCGUUAUCAGGCAAAAUUUUCAACUACCUAUCUUCCACCAGUAUCUUCUAUGGUCUGUCCAAUUUUAGUAAGUGAAACUUAUAGAAUUUGCAGCCUAUAGUUUCCUCUUUAAAAUGUGCAAAUUUCAAGUGGCUGUCUGAUAUGGAUUGGGAGUUAUACAUUUUUCGAGGAGAGCGUGAAGCUGGGCGAACAUGCCACAUUUUUUAGUUCAUCCGUAAAUCUCCAAGGAAUGAAAAUCUUGCGCGAUUUAACUGAAACUGUUAGAAUUUUCAGUCGCUAGUGGUAUAGACUGCAGAAAUAUGUGCAAUAGAACGUUCAAAUUUUAAGUAGCUUCCUUAUGUGGAUUGGGAGUUACACAUGUUUAAAGGAGAUCGUGCAGUUGCGCAAGCAUGCUCAUUUUUGGUCCAUUAUUUAUACAUCCGCAAAAAAUUAAAAUCUCUGGCGUAUUUAGGGAAACUUUUUGAAAUUGCCGCAUCUAGUAUCUUCUAUGAAAUGUGAAAAUUUCAAGUUUUUGCCUUAGGCAGAUCCAAAGUUACGAAUGUUUAAAGGAGAGCGUGCAGUUCAGCGAACAUCCUCAUUUUUCAGCAAAAAAUCGGGAUCUUGAGCGAUUUAAGAAUGAGAUCUAUGAAAUCCGCAUAUUUGAAGUGGCUAUCUCAUGUUGAUUCAAAGUAGCAAAUAUUUAAAGGAGAUCGUGCUGAUGGGCAAACAUACCCAAUUUUGGUGCAACAUUUGUAAGACCGCAAAAAAUUAAAAUCGCUGUCGAUUUAAACAAAACCUUUCAAUUCCAGAGGCACUUGUCUCUUCUAUCAUAUGUGAAAAUUUCAGGUUGCAGUCUUAUGUGGAUUGAAAGUUACAAAUUUUUAAAGGAGAGCGUGCAGUUGGGCGAACGAACUUAUUUUGGUCCUUCAUUUAUAAGGCCGCAAAAAAUCAGCACCGAUGGCGAUUUAAGUUAAACUUUCAAAGUUUGCAACUUCCACUCACUAUCUUCUACUGAAUGUGUAAAUUUCAAGUUUUUCCAAGCAAAACGUUGCAAAAAAUCAUCUUUUUAAGACAAUGGCAGUCCCAAUAAGCCAUUCAACUUAGCAGUGUCUUCGACAUUUGUACACAUAAAUAGUCUUCGAAUUGUUUAGCCGGACUUCCAUUCAACCUCAAUAUUGUCAAUAAACAACAUGAAUUUCAUGGCUAACUAAUGGUUGUUACACUCCAAACUUGGUUACCAGAGAAGCUCUGUCAAAGCAUGUAAAGUUUCGUUAAAUUUCUGAUAGUUUAUCGAUUGGUUAAAUGUUAGAUAUAUUUUUGUAGUUUAGAGAAUUAGCGAAGGAAAAUGAAGAACGUUAGAACACUUGAUGAAUUUGAUUGAUACGGGGGCGCAGCGAAAUCGUAACAUGUUUCCCGGCUUUGUUUCGCGCCGGCCUCGUAUCCACGAAGAAAAAAACCAGUUUGUUUAAUGCCCAUGUAAAUAUGACGUUCCUGUUUUUAUACCUAACUAAAGCGCACCUAAUACUCAUUGAAAAUGCAAUUAUUUUUUAGACUAGCAGUUAUAGCACUACACUCUGAUCGGCCUGGGGAAAUUUGCGUUUUUUGUCGGCCCCGAAUCGAUUUUCCGUUAGUCUAGAUUAGUUUCUAUGAUUCGAUGGCGAAGGGCGUGAACUUGCCCAGGCGGAAUCCGGCUCGUUUACAGGGUGUUCUAAGAAAUACCCGCAAACGCAUUUUAUAUAAAUGAACUAAACAUUGCGCAACAGCGCGACUGUAGUCGCGUAGAAACGAAAUUCUAAAAUAUGUAAAAUAAUAUAAUGUAAUUAAAAUAUAUAUUAUACACAAAAGGAAAUGAGAAUACAAAACGCCUUUGGUAUAGUCCCACUUUGGCGUUGAUUGCUCCUCCUACCACAGUUCGGUUCAUGUUUUAAUUGGCCAAAUUUGUUCACACUUUCCAGCCAACCAAAGCGCCAGGAUUAUAUCAGAUGUGUUUUCGAUAGAUAAACGCGCUCGUAGCCCACAAGAAAAUAUCUAGUGAAACAAUGAAAUAAAAUUGUAUAUAAUUUAGAUUCACAAAUCAACCAUGUUGCUGGACGGUAAUGUUUAUGUGAGCGCGCCCUUUUACCCAUUUCAUUAAAUUCGACCGGCGACAAAAGGGCGUGGUCCGGCAAAAAAGAAUUAUUUUACAACCUGAACUUGUUAAGUAUAUUACACAAAACACAUAUACACAGCGUUUAAGAAUCUAUAAAGUAUUAAAAAAAUUGUAGCACAUGCACAGAGCAAGAGUCUGACUAUACGGAGCAAUACUAAACUUUAUUAUAGUACCGAAAACAGCAUUGUUUUUCUCUUUGUGACAAUUCACAGGUUUUUUGAUUCAUUUAGAAAUUGCACACACUUAGCACAAAAUCAGCGAGCAAAGCCGAGAUCUGACGAAAAUGUACAAAGACCACGCAAAAUCUAACGAGGCGUAGAAAAAAAGAAGAAAGUGGAUAUAGAAGACUUAAUCAAGCCGCUGGAUUUGCUCAAAUAAACGAUUUACUACUGCCCAUCUGUCACUAUUAUGACAAGUUUCCAUAGAAAUGUGUCAUUGUAAGUGACAGUUUUGCCAAAAAGUCGGUUUUUACUGUGACUUAAAACUGGAGUUGUAAGUUUUAGCAAAUCCAUCCAUUUGAAUGAGAGAAGAAUGAAUAAAACUUUUGUGGUGAUUCUCAACUGAUUUUUCUAAUUUUUGACUUGAGGAAUGAAUUGAGGCGUUUACACGGGAGUUUAAAGGGUUUGAAAGUAAAAGAAACACGCAACAUGGCAAAAACUGAUGUUUCUUCGAGAAUUCAUCAAAGCCAUUUGGUGGCUAUUAAAGAAAAAUUCCUAAGUUUGUCAAAGAUGGCUGUGCACACUCUGUUUUUUAGAUCUAGCUAUUUUAGACGUCUAGUUGUAGAUAUACUUAGCGAGUAUGUUAUUUCACUUAGUUGAGGAAUUCUGGACAUUUGAGUCCAACUGAACUGUUAGAGGCGGGUCUUGGUACAUCGCCAUCAUCAUCAGAACCAAACGCUUCUUUGUUCGAAUUUGGCACCCAACUCGGAAUCUUAUCUUAGUGGGCACAAUGAGGCAUUUUAUUUGUUUCCAAUUCUUUGGUUGUUUUACUGUGACUAACUGUUUCACUCUAACACAACCGAUUUUCGAGUUAUUGAGCUGUUAUCGAUACGAAUUUGAUCUCGACGUUUCAGUAGCACGCAUCGCUAUCGUCUUCCGAGGUGUCAGGACCUAAUUACUAUCGUCAACGGCCUAAUGACGCGAAAAAUGAGAUUAUUUACUCAACUACCCUGUAACAUAAUGCUAGGCUGACGUUGAAACCCAAUAAGAUCAUAGAGAAAUCAAUUAUUUAAAGAUAAUGGUAGACUGUAGCUUGGAUUUAUGUCAGCGGAGGCCUGCUCGUUGAGUGGGGACUAAAAUGUUUCUUUUUUUAGUAUUUUUCUGCUCUAUUUUCAUGAAACGCCACUGUCACCGGAUGUACAUUAUAGGGUUUAAUUUGUUUCGCAAUCGGUUUCACUCACGUUUCGUUGCCAUUGUGGAAGGAAUCGUCAAAAUAUUUACUCAAUUCAGCCAAACUAUCAUCGUUGGCUCUCAGUUUCCUGGGCUUCCUUCCCUAGUGGCCUGAGAUUCGUUUACCCAAACAUGUGCAUAUAUUUCGAUUAAAAGGGCCUCGUAGUGGCGUCUCAUGCCAACUUUUUUGGGCGUUUCAGUCCAAAAACCGCGUAAUAGAGAAUUAAAUAAAAAAGGGCCACACCCCCCUUUACACCGCAUUGCGGGUGACUUAUUGCUCACUUACAAGAUAUUCUAAAUAAUAAGAGAAAGUUGUAUUGUAUUAUACUGUGAAAGGUCGUGAUAUGGCCGGGGCCUGAGUUUGGUGCCUUUUUCGGUUUCUCCAUCGGCUUUUACUUUCGUCCUCAACUUCUUAGUGGGGCUCCAAACAGACCCCCCCGGUUAUGGCACGAGCACUCGAAUCAUUCCAAUUAUUUAAUUACUUAUGUAUUAUUAUGAUUAUUAUUAUUAUUAUUAAAGAUGAAAUAAGGACUACGUAUUGCGUAGAUAUAUACUGUUUGGCGUUUUUAUUUGAUUAAAAAACUGUAAAACCAA